AUGCACCUCCAAGACAACAAGAAUGACGUCUUACUUGACAAUGGCGUCACCUAUCAGCUUGAAAAACUAAACUGCCUGGCCAAGGGGAGCAUGGGAAAGGUUUACAAGGCCGUCUGCACAGAAGAUGCAUCCAAGAUCAUUGCUGUCAAGAUCUGCCUACCCAACGGCACAGUGGACCGGAGCAAGGAGGAAGCGAAGAACUUGUCCAAGAUCGAGCACAAGAACGUUGUGUCGUACAUCGGUGUCGGAGAACAUCAGGGGUACGUGGCUAUUGGCAUGUCCUUGAUAGUAGGCCAGGGGUACGACGAGUACCUGCAGGCCGACGGGCCCCUGCCCUGGAAGGCAGCAGGUAGCGACAUGCGGCAAGUGAUGGAGGGCAUGAAGCACGUUCACAGCCUCGCGAUCCUCCACCGCGACCUCAAGCCCUCUAACCUCAUGAGAAAGUCCAACGGCGACGUCAUCAUCGUCGACUUCGGCCUCUCCAAGAGCUCCACCAGCGCCGUCACGACUAUGGUGGGGAUGCUCGUUGGUACUCCCGCGUACGCCAGCCCCGAGCAGCUCCAGGGCCUCCCUCCCUCCGCAUCCUCAGACGUGUUCGCCAUCGGCGUGAUCCUGUAUGAGGCCAUCGCCAGCAGGCUGCCCUUC